AUGGGUGAUAAACAAGGAGUUGCAGCAAAUGGGACGAGCGAGGCAAUAGUAUGCUAUGCUCCGACCAUGAUAACCACCAAUGGUGUAUGGCAAGGUGAUAAUCCUUUGGAUUACUCUCUCCCUCUUUUCAUCUUGCAAUUAACAUUGGUGGUCAUCACCACUCGACUUCUUGUUUUCAUCCUGAAACCUUUUCGCCAACCUCGUGUUCUUUCUGAAAUUUUGGGUGGUGUAAUAUUGGGUCCAUCAGUUCUUGGAAAUGUUCAAUUUUUUGCGCAUACAAUAUUCCCUUUAAAAAGUGUAAUGGUGCUUGAAACAAUGGCAAAUGUAGGUCUUCUCUACUUCUUGUUCCUUGUUGGAGUGGAGAUGGACGUUUCUGUAAUUAAAAGAACUGGGAAAAAGGCUUUUGUCAUUGCUGUUGCUGGUAUGAUUUUGCCUUUCUUCACUGGAUUGGCUUUCUCUUUUCUUAUGCGUAAAGAUUCUUCAUCAUAUGCUAUGAACCAAGGGACUUUUGUUCUCUUCCUCGGCGUUGCCCUCUCUGUCACUGCUUUUCCUGUGCUUGCAAGGGUCCUAGCUGAGCUGAAACUCUUAAACACUGAGCUUGGUAAGAUUGCCAUGUCUUCAGCUCUUAUCAACGACAUUUGUGCCUGGAUUUUACUGUGUUUCGCCAUUGCCCUUGCUGAAAACGACAGUACAUCUAUGGCUUCCAUUUGGGUGAUUCUUGCAAGUGCAGCAUUCGUUUUCUUUUGUUUCUAUGUGGUUAAACCUGCAAUUUCUUGGAUUAUUAGAAGAACCCCAGAAGGAGAAACCUUUAGCGAGUUUUAUAUAUGCCUUGUUCUCACCGGAGUAAUGAUUUCAGGAUUUAUAACAGAUGCCAUUGGAACACAUUCCGUUUUUGGAGCUUUUGUGUUUGGCUUAAUUAUCCCAAAUGGACCUCUUGGAGUUACUCUUAUAGAAAAGCUUGAGGAUUUUGUAUCAGGGCUUUUACUUCCACUUUUCUUUGCUAUGAGUGGGCUCAAGACUAAUAUAGGGGCUAUUCGUGGGGCCAACACUUGGGGACUCUUAGUUUUUGUCAUACUUCUUGGAAGUGCUGGAAAAGUUGCUGGCACUGUGUUGGUCACAACAUGUUACCAGAUGCCUAUACGUGAAGGCCUCGCUCUUGGCUUGCUAAUGAACACCAAAGGCCUUAUUGAAAUGAUCAUUCUCAACGUUGGUAAGGAUCAAAGGGUCUUGGACGAGGAGUCUUUUGCAAUUAUGGUGAUUGUAGCUGUGGUUAUGACUGCACUUGUCACACCUUUUGUGACUGCAGUAUAUAGGCCAGCAAAAAAAUUCAUACCAUACAAAAGACGAACAAUUCAAAGAUCAAAACCAGAUGCAGAGUUAAGGGUACUGGUGUGUGUACACACUCCUCGAAAUGUUCCAACAAUCAUUAACCUCUUAGAAGUUUCAUACCCGACCAAAAGAUCACCUAUGUGUGUUUAUGUUCUUCACCUAGUUGAACUCACUGGUCGUGCAUCAGCCAUGCUUAUAGUUCACAACACUAGAAAAUCUGGUCGACCAGCUCUUAACAGAACCCAAGCUCAAUCUGAUCACAUCAUCAAUGCCUUUGAAAAUUAUGAACAGCAUACAGCUUUUGUUUCAGUUCAACCCUUAACAGCUAUUUCUCCUUACUCAACCAUGCAUGAAGACAUUUGUAACUUAGCAGAAGACAAAAGGGUUGCUUGUAUAAUAAUUCCUUUCCAUAAACAACAAACAGUUGAUGGUGGGAUGGAAGCUACAAAUCCAGCAUUUCGAUUGGUUAACCAAAACUUGUUAUCAAAUUCACCGUGUUCAGUUGGGAUCCUCGUAGACAGAGGUCUCAACGCCACAAAUCGGUUAGCCACAAACCAAUUAGGUCACCAUGUAGCUGUGUUAUUCUUCGGAGGGCCUGAUGAUAGAGAGGCACUAGCAUAUGCAUGGAGGAUGUCUGAGCAUCCAGGGGUAGCAUUAACAGUAAUGCGGCUCAAUGCAGCCGAGGAUGCAGCACAACCAGCAAUUAAGCAAUAUGGUGGAGAUCAUAAUGACCCUAAGAAUACCGUGGAAUCACAAGAUAAAAGAGAGAAAAAAAUGGAUGAAAAUUAUAUAAAUGAAUUUAGAACGUACAACGCUAAUGAUGAAUCAGUAUUUUAUAGUGAAAGGGUAGUGAACAAUGGAGAGGAAACAGUGGCUGCAAUAAGAGCAAUGGACAUAAAUGCUUAUGAUUUGUUUGUAGUAGGAAGAGGAGAAGGGGUGAUAUCUCCACUCACUGCUGGGCUUACAGAUUGGAGUGAAUGUCCAGAGCUUGGAGCAAUUGGUGAUUUGCUUGCAUCUUCAGAUUUUGCAGCAACAGUUUCUGUGUUGGUUAUACAACAAUAUGUUGGUGCUGAGCUUCAACCAGAGACAAUGAUUUCUGAUGACCAAGACGAUCAAUAUUUUGGUCUACAACUUAUGAAUAAACGCCCUUCAUCAACAAGGCAAUAA